AUGAAAUUCCUCAGCAGAUUGAAAUGCGAACUGUUUCUGACGGUGCUUCAUAUGGGGGAAAAGAAAAUGGUAAAACAUUGGAGUUUUUGUGACUUUGUAAACAAAGUCGCUGGAGAAAGUCGCUGUUCGUGGACGCGCCGAGAAAGCAGAGAGCGCGGGCGGCGCGGAGUAGCACUACUGCGCAUGCUCCGUGGCCCGCGCAACCCGGAAAUGAUUUGAAUACGCUGGGUGACAGUGACGUCGAACUGUUGUCAACAUUCGAGAACCAUUGAAAGCGCAACUUCUGCUUCCUUUGAUGAACGUCAUACAGCCUCUUAGCAUCCAGAGAACCAUGUUUCUGUUUUUAUGUACGGGUUCGUGCUAACUGUUAACCCGGGUAAACGGUUUGAUUUCGCUCCGCCCGAGGACGGAUACAAACAUGGAGCAGAGAGGCAGCGUCAACGCAGAUCCUGCUCAGCGCCCUGACGGUCGUUGCACACAAUGGCGCAACUGGUCUGGAUUCUGGAUCCUGGGAUUGUGCAACAACUUUGCCUAUGUGGUCAUGUUGAGCGCUGCCCACGACAUUCUCAAAAAACAGGAGUCCGAAAACGCCACGGCAUCUACAUCAGCAACACUGGACCUUCAUUUGCAAGGCGGAAACAGUAGCAACAGCAGCCGCUAUGACUGCAACCCUGUCUCCACUGCGGCUGUGCUGCUGGCCGACAUCCUCCCAACGCUCGUCCUCAAACUCUUUGCUCCUUUUGUAAUCCACAAACUGCCUUAUGGUUUCCGCGUGUUGUUCUGUGUCGUCAUGGCAACGGCAAGCUUCCUCCUGGUGUCGUUAUCGACGGGUGUUUGGAUGAGCAUCCUAGGUGUGAUUUUUGCCAGUGUCAGCUGUGGACUGGGAGAACUCUCCUUCCUCUCUCUCACCGUUUUCUUCUCGAGGGACGUACUGGGAGGCUGGGGCUCGGGCACUGGAGGUGCUGGUGUCGCUGGAGCCUUCCUCUACUCGGGCCUCACCCAGGUCGGCCUCACGCCCCAGAUUGCGCUGCUCAUCAUGCUGGUGGUCCCAGUUGCUAUGUUGAUAAACUAUUUCUUCCUCAUGGUUCCUCCGCCAUCAUUCCCUCAGUGGAAAAGCAGGGAGCCGGGGUAUCUGGCUGUGACCUCGGAGGAUAGACGGCGGCUGAUGGACGAGUUACAGGAGGAGGAUAAAUCAAUCCCAGACUGUGUUGUCUUCCCUCUCAAAGUGACAGAGGACAUGAACACUGGGCCUCUCACCUUCACAGAGAAACUGCACGUUAUCAGAGGCUUGCUGAAGUUUGUGCUUCCUUUGGGAUUGGUCUACUUUGCUGAGUACUUCAUCAACCAGGGCUUGAUGGAACUCCUGUAUUUCCCAAACUUUUUCCUGUCCCAUGCAGAGCAGUAUCGCUGGUACCAGACACUGUACCAGGUAGGUGUUCUGGUGUCUCGGUCCUCACUGUGCUGCGUGAAGAUCAGGAAACUGUGGACCCUGUCGUUGUUACAGGUGGUGAAUGCGGUGCUGCUGCUGUUUGCAGUGCGUUACCUGUUCCUGCCCAGUGCCUGGCUGGUGUUUGUUAUUGUCCUCUAUGAGGGUCUUCUGGGAGGAGCCGCGUACGUCAACACCUUCUACUUCAUCAGCAAAGAGAGUGAAGACAGACACAGGGAGUUUGCCAUGGCUGCUGCCAGCGUAGGAGACAGUCUGGGCAUAGCUCUGGCUGGACUCGCUGCGUUCCCUGUCCACAGAUACUUCUGCUCCCUGUGACCCCGCCCACAUGCUGACCACCAGGAAGAAGAAGUGAGAUGUGGGUGGGUUCCAUACAAGAGUUCUUUAAAGCUUAUGUACGGUUUGGGGAGUUUAGGUUUAAUGAGAGAAAUGUUUCAGUUAUUUAAAGCUUUUUUUCCUAAGAGUGCAAUUCUUUGAACCACUUAAUUUGAUUCAGAGGGAUAUGAUGCAGAUGAUAAUUAAUGCAUAUACAGUACAUACAUCAAAUUGAGAUGUCUUUUUAAAUGUAAUAAAUCAUGGGGCAGCAGUUUGUUUGUUCAUUCUGCUUCAAUAAUGCAUCACUGAAUAUAAAUCCAACAUGUUAGCAAGAUAAGGAACAUUUCCAAGUGAAGUUUAGACAAAAAUGAGUCCGUAUCUUCCUUCCUCUCUGUGCUGCCACUGUGAGUCACUGCUGACCAAUAUUAGUUAUGCACUAAUCUCUGUUCCCGUGGUUCUGUGACAAAGCAAUCUCCAAAAUGAUUUUCUGGUAACAUAUGAAUCGCUAGGGUCAAUCGCAGAGGGAUUGUAAGGAGAAUAUUUGGACAAAUGUGCUUAUGUCAGGAGCUGUGUCAGCUCUACAGAGGCCCACAAUGGACAAACUAAAUAUUUAAUAAUCAUUUCUAUGCUAACUGAAGGCUGAGGUGAGGGAUAUUCAGCUGUGACUUCACCAGUGAAUGUUGCUAACACAGUAUUUUACAUUAAGAGUUUACUCAAACACAAUUGGUCAAAUUUGUAAUGUAAACCAUUAAAAAGCUUCUACCCCAAAAAUCUUGCCAAUUUUACAUUCCAUUUAAUUUUGACAAUGAGUUUCACAGAUGACGCCUGUAAAUGACGGGGCACGGCAAAUGCAGUGGCCCGUCACUGGAAUGCAGUAUAUGUGUCUUGUUUGAUAGUUUGGAGAACCUCAGUUCAAAUGAAAUGUGAACUGACCAAACACCAACGUAUAGAACAAGAACUGACCUUUUUUUUUUAAAUGGCACGUUAAAAGUGUUACAGCUGACUUCCAGAACUGACGUUAUAUUGAUUGUGGGAGAUGUUUCAUCUCUGUUUUAUAUCAUGUUGAUUCUGUGUCCUACAAUCUGAGACACAAAAGGGCCCCACGGUUCAAAGCUGUCUUUUAUUUUCAGCUUGAAAACAUUUGAAAUAACAAGGACAGACCUGCUUUAAAUGGAUACAAGUUUUAAUCAGGUUCACUUACCUUUGUUGCCUUGUUGUACUACAGUCACUGGUUCUAAUAAAACAAAAAUGGCUUUUACUGUGACUUUCUACUGUUUGCUCAUACACACUGUAACAGUCUGGAAAUGUCCCGAGUUUGAUUUAUUAAACUAAAUGAACUGAGUGAGAAUAUGUUUUAAACAGAAGUUAACGAGUUUUGGAGCGUGUUGCCUUUGUUGUGCACUUUUUCUAAUGUUUGUUGUUGCUGCUUCCUCAAAGUAAUGCGAGUUUAACACAUGUCGAACAUUCCUGUUGACCCUCUUACCUACAGACGUUCAUCUAAUGCUGCUGCUGUUGAAUUAUAAUUCUGUUUUUUGAUUAUAUUGGUGUAUGUAUUUGUAACGUAAUUAAAAUGUUUUGAAGUUUA